GAGAGAAACUGGCUCUAGACUAUAAAUAACCUGCAGUCACGAGGUUUUCACAUGGCUUAAUCUUGGAACUAUACUUUUCGCCUCACAUAAUUCCUGUUAGUGAGUGUGCUGGAGGUCUACCGAAGGGUUUGCGAUGAAUGCUAGUAGAAGCUUUAGAAAGAUGAAGUGGUACCUCACUUUAGUGUUCAUACUGCUGUAUAGCCAGGUGAGCUUUUGUCAUUUUGAGGAGCUAAAAGAAAACACAUUUCUUCACCUCAAGAAGAUUCCUUCAACCUUCACAUCAAAUGAAAUUGGUGUGUUGGAUGCUGUUGUAUGUCCUGGUGCCAUCAGACAGUGUCCUUCUCUCCACUCCUGUUGUUCUGUUCCAGGCAGUGAUGAGGUUCACUGCUGUCCUGCUGGUUACUCCUGUGAAAAUGGUGUGUGUCAAGAAACAAGGAAAGACGAUGUUGCUGCUCUGUUUCCUUCCACGGGGGCCAACAUUGUAAAAUGCAACAAUCAGUAUGCUUGCCCAGACAGAUACACCUGUUGCCAAGAUGGUAGUAAAUAUCACUGCUGUCCAAUGUCAGAGGCAGUAUGUUGUCCUGAUCAAUUACACUGCUGUCCCCAAGGUUACAGUUGCUCUAAAGAUGGCAAAACCUGUUCAUCUGGCUCUGAUACUGUAGCUUCAUUAUCGAGUAAAUCACCCAAAUCUCUUAAGAAGCCCUUGGAGAGAUUACUGGAGCAAAUAAAAGGACAAUAUUCCAGCAAGAAGACCCUACUUUUAAAGCAGUCAACGGUCAAAAUGGGAAAGAUAGCAGCAUCAAAGAGCAGAGACCAUGAAAAAAUACCUGUGAUGAAAAAAACACUAUCAAUAAAGGAUUCUAACCUGAAUGAUGUCUUGUGCCCUGAUGGUGAGUCCGAGUGUCCAGAUGGAAACACUUGCUGUAAGCUUCACACAAGGGAUUGGGGCUGCUGUCCAUUUCCCAAGGCUGUUUGCUGCGAUGACCAAAUUCAUUGCUGUCCAGGUAAUACCAAAUGUAAUAUCGAAAAGAAAACUUGUGACAGGAAGACAGAUAUAGAAACUCUUCUUACCAAAAUACAAGUAUGGAAAGGAGAGACAGGAAAGAGCAAUAUUAUCUGUCCUGAUGGUCAGUCUGAGUGCCCUGAAGGUAACACUUGCUGUAAACUUCAAUCAGGGCAAUAUGGUUGUUGUCCUCUUCCAAAGGCUGUUUGUUGCAGCGAUGGAGUACACUGCUGUCCCAAUGGAUAUACUUGUGACGUGCGUGCUGGAACCUGUACACAAGGAAGCAGCAGUUUACCAAUGGUUAAGAAAGUGUCGUCAUCAAAACGUGAAAGUGCAGCGAGUAACAUCGUUUGUCCUGAUGGUCAGUCCGAAUGUCCACAGGGAAGCACUUGCUGUAAACUCUCUUCAGGUGAAUAUGGUUGUUGUCCUCUGCCAAAGGCUGUUUGUUGCAGCGAUGGAGUACACUGCUGUCCCAAUGGAUACACUUGUGACGUGUCUGCUGGAACCUGUACGCAAGGAAGCAGCAGUUUACCAAUUCUUAAGAAAAUGCUGGCAUUGAAACAAGAAAGUGCAGCGAGUAACAUCGUUUGUCCCGAUGGUCAGUCCCAGUGUCCAGAUGGAAACACUUGCUGUAAACUGUCUUCUGGUGAAUAUGGCUGUUGUCCUCUUCCAAAGGCUGUUUGUUGCAGCGAUGGAGUACACUGCUGUCCCAAUGGAUAUACUUGCGACGUGCGUGCUGGAACCUGUACGCAAGGAAGCAGCAGUUUACCACUGGUUAAGAAAAUGGUAGCAUUGAAACAAGAAAGUGCAGCUAGUAACAAAGUUUGUCCCGAUGGUCAUUCCGAAUGUCCAGAGGGAAACACUUGCUGUAAACUCUCUUCAGGUGAAUAUGGCUGUUGUCCUCUCCCAAAUGCUGUUUGUUGCAGCGAUGGAGUACACUGUUGUCCCAAUGGAUACACUUGUGACGUGUCUGCUGGAACCUGUACGCAAGGAAGCAGCAGUUUACCAAUUCUUAAUAAAAUGGUAGCAUUGAAACAAGAAAGUGCAGCGAGUAACAAAGUUUGUCCCGAUGGUCAGUCCGAAUGUCCAGAUGGAAACACUUGCUGUAAACUCUCUUCAGGUGAAUAUGGCUGUUGUCCUCUCCCAAAUGCUGUUUGUUGCAGCGAUGGAGUACACUGUUGUCCCAAUGGAUACACUUGUGACGUGUCUGCUGGAACCUGUACGCAAGGAAGCAGCAGUUUACCAAUUCUUAAGAAAAUGCUAGCAUUGAAACAAGAAAGUGCAGCGAGUAACAAAGUUUGUCCCGAUGGUCAGUCCGAAUGUCCAGAGGGAAACACUUGCUGUAAACUCUCUUCAGGUGAAUAUGGCUGUUGUCCUCUCCCAAAUGCUGUUUGUUGCAGCGAUGGAGUACACUGUUGUCCCAAUGGAUAUACUUGUGAUGUGUCUGCUGGAACCUGCACACAAGGAAGCAGCAGUUUACCAUUGGUUAAGAAAAUUCUGGCAUUGAAACAAGAAAGUGCAACCAGUAACAUCGUUUGUCCUGAUGGUCAGUCCGAAUGUCCACAGGGAAGCACUUGCUGUAAACUCUCUUCAGGUGAAUACGGUUGUUGUCCUCUGCCAAAGGCUGUUUGUUGCAGCGAUGGAGUACACUGCUGUCCCAAUGGGUAUACUUGUGACGUGUCUGCUGGAACCUGUACGCAAGGAAGUAGCAGUUUACUAAUUCUUAAGAAAAUGCUGGCAUUGAAACAAGAAAGUGCAGCGAGUAACAUCGUUUGUCCCGAUGGUCAGUCCCAGUGUCCAGAUGGAAACACUUGCUGUAAACUGUCUUCCGGUGAAUAUGGCUGUUGUCCUCUUCCAAAGGCUGUUUGUUGCAGCGAUGGAGUACACUGCUGUCCCAAUGGAUAUACUUGCGACGUGCGUGCUGGAACCUGUACGCAAGGAAGCAGCAGUUUACCAAUUCUUAAGAAAAUGGUAGCAUUGAAACAAGAAAGUGCAGCUAGUAACAAAGUUUGUCCCGAUGGUCAGUCCGAAUGUCCAGAUGGAAGCACUUGCUGUAAACUGUCUUCUGGUGAAUAUGGCUGUUGUCCUCUUCCAAAUGCUGUUUGUUGCAGCGAUGGAGUACACUGUUGUCCCAAUGGAUAUACUUGUGAUGUGUCUGCUGGAACCUGUACGCAAGGAGGCAGCAGUUUACCAAUGGUUAAGAAAGUGCUGGCAUUGAAACAAGAAAGUGCAGCGAGUAACAUCGUUUGUCCCGAUGGUCAGUCCGAAUGUCCAGAUGGAAACACUUGCUGUAAACUUCAAUCAGGACAAUAUGGUUGUUGUCCUCUUCCAAAGGCUGUUUGUUGCAGCGAUGGAGUACACUGCUGUCCCAAUGGAUAUACUUGUGACGUGUCUGCCGGAACCUGUACACAAGGAAGCAGCAGUUUACCAAUGGUUAAGAAAAUGUCGUCAUCAAAACGAGAAAGUAUAGCGAGUAACAUCGUUUGUCCCGAUGGUCAGUCCGAAUGUCCAGAGGGAAGCACUUGCUGUAAACUGUCUUCUGGUGAAUAUGGCUGUUGUCCUCUGCCAAAGGCUGUUUGUUGCAGCGAUGGAGUACACUGCUGUCCCAAUGGAUAUACUUGCGACGUGUCUGCUGGAACCUGUACGCAAGGAGACAGCAGUUUACCAAUGGUUAAGAAAACGCCGGCAUCAAAACAAGGAGGUACAGCGAGUAACAAAGUUUGUCCCGAUGGUCAGUCCGAAUGUCCAGAUGGAAGCACUUGCUGUAAACUCUCUUCAGGUGAAUAUGGCUGUUGUCCUCUUCCAAAUGCUGUUUGUUGCAGCGAUGGAGAACACUGCUGUCCCAAUGGAUAUACUUGCGACGUGUCUGCUGGAACCUGUACCCACGGAAGCAGCAGUAUAGCUUCUCUAAAGAUGUAUGCAGCGGUGCAGGUAAUUACGCACAUCAGGGCAGGAAGUGGCAUCGUAUGCCCCGAUAAACAAUAUCAAUGUCCUAAUGGAAGUACCUGCUGUAAAGUGCCAUCUGGAACGUACGGUUGCUGCCCGUUAAAGAAUGCUGUAUGUUGCAGCGACAACAUACACUGCUGCCCGGAGGGGUACACAUGUGACGUCAAAGGAGGGAAAUGUCAUAAAAAUGCUGAGCGCAUAAAGAUGAUGCACAAUGUUCCGUCUUCCAGGUCAAUAAUGGAAGCCAGACAGAACUACAUUAAAUGCCCUGAUGGAUGUUCCUGUUUGGAUUACGAGACCUGCUGUGAGUUGGCUGAUGGAAGUUACGGCUGUUGUCCUUUACCACAUGCAGUUUGCUGUGAAGACCACAAACACUGCUGUCCCUCGGGAUAUAGAUGUGACUUGGCUGCUGGGAUGUGUGUUACUGGUAAUGUCCGCCUCCCAAUGCUGAAAAAGAUCCGUUCCCCGAGAAAACAGAAGACUCCAAGAGUUAACUUAGACGAGAAAGUCCGCUUUGUUCCCUCACAUGUCCAAGAUGAGUAUCCUGUAGCAAAGGAUCUGUUGCAGUGAAAAGAAACUUCCGUUUAAGCUUGCUAUCUUUCCGAAUUUUCCGAAAAAUACAUAGAUUUCUUUGAUUAUGUUCUCUGUUAAUUUUCUUUUAUUAUACUAAAGUUUAAGAAUAAAUUAGUUAGGCCAUCAUUUACUUGUUAUUACGCUAUACUUAGAACCAUGUCUUGCAUUUCAGCCGUUUAAGCUUUUUCAUUUAAAGACAGACUUCAUAUUAAUUGAACCGAUUUUCAGCUUUCAAAGCUAAUGAAGUGUAAGUGUGCUCGAAAUCCCAGUCGUCCAAACUCUCCGCCAUAUAUUUCAACUUGAUGGGUAAUGAAGGCAAAGCACACACUUGCCUCAAUCUUUUAUGACAGUUUGUGAUUUAGAAUGAGUUCGUCGUCACGUGAUCUCCUAGUUUGUCUUGUUAUCAAGUAGUCUUGUAAAAGAUGUGGCUGCCUAAUUUUAUCAAGGUUUUCAGCUAUUAAUUAGGCGAUUCGACAAGAUUCUUAUUAUUUCUAUUAUUAUUGUUAUUAUUAUUACUAUUGUUAUUAUUAUAGUCAUUAUCAUUAUAAUUAUUAUUAUUAGUAUUACCAUUAUUGAUAUUUCUCAUUUGACAUUAUUGUUUUAGCCCCCGCGCUUUUUAGGGGGAGAUAUCUUUUUCUCGAUGUUUUUCUUAUGGGGGAAUCCAAUUCUUUGAUUUUAUGGGAUUGCGGAAAAAUCGACGAAAACAACCCCAAACGCAAGAAACUUAGAGGGAAACAAAAAGCACGAUUGAGAAUUGUGCUGGUAGGGUGAUAUCUUUUGAUAUUAAACUGCAAUUUGUGUUUCCGUUUACAGAGGGGUCGUUGUAACCCAAUUAGUUAACGAAGUUUGUAAGCUCUUACAUGGAAAAACGAGUCAAUGUGAUAUUAAUUACGACGAGCUUUUGUGCUAGACAGUAUUUUUAAAGUUUUUUUUAUCUAAGAGAUUUCUUUAAGUAAAAUAUUGCUAAUUGAACGCGUAAUGUUGCAAAAAAAAAUAAACGACAGUAAUUUUGUUUCUCAACAA